CUUGAAUUCUCUGUGGUGUGCUCAUUGUCCUUGAUUUCUUUGGGGUUCUGCUUUCUCUUUUGUAGCGCUAUCGGGAGUGCACUUUUUCACCUGCCAUUACUUUUUUAUACGUUGAUAUUUCUAGAUGAUUGAACUGAGGUAUUUGGAGGUAGACGUAUAGCCAAGCCCAUGUAUUUUGGUUUCUUGGGAAUUAUUGUACCGUAAGAAUUUAUUGGAACUUGGUGCCUGUUAUAUGGCGACGUGCAUACCAUUUAUAACAUCAUUUGAUGCUCGUUCUUCAGUUCAAAUUUCUGUUUUUCCUGGAGGAGGAAUAGCAUUGGACAGUGGAAUUGGCAGAAAUUGCUCACUCAGGUUCUGUCAUGGCUGUAAAAUCCCUUUUGUAUUAGGGCAGAGGACAAACUUCACUACCACCUGCAAUGCUAGAGUUAGAUGCUGUUCAAAUUCUCACAUUAUGAAAUAUCAGAAAAAAGAUCCUUUUUUGAAUAUGCAUCCUGAGGUUUCAAUGCUUCGAGGAGAGGAGAAUAGCACAUUUCUUAAUCCAAGGAAGGAGAAUUCACCUGAAGUUUUCUAUGAGGAAAAAAAGGGCUCAUCUAAUAAGAAAGAUGAUAAUGCAGCCACAAUAAAAGUUGUUGGAGUUGGUGGUGGAGGUUCUAAUGCUGUCAAUAGAAUGAUUGAGAGUUCCAUGGAUAGUGUGGAGUUCUGGAUUGUGAAUACAGAUGUUCAAGCCAUGAGGAUGUCUCCGGUUAAUCCUGGGAAUCGCUUGCCAAUUGGACAGGAGUUAACUAAAGGUCUUGGUGCUGGUGGGAACCCAGAUAUUGGCAUGAAUGCUGCCAAGGAAAGCAAAGAGCUAAUAGAGGAGGCUGUUUAUGGUUCUGAUAUGGUUUUUGUAACGGCUGGGAUGGGUGGGGGAACUGGGACUGGUGGUGCUCCUGUGGUUGCUGGAAUCGCAAAGUCAAUGGGUAUACUAACAGUCGGUAUAGUUACGACUCCUUUUUCAUUUGAGGGAAGAAAACGAGCAGUUCAGGCACAGGAAGGAAUUGCAGCUCUUAGGGAAAACGUUGAUACUCUUAUUAUCAUCCCAAAUGAUAAGCUUUUGACUGCUGUUUCUCCAACUACACCUGUGACUGAAGCAUUUAACCUGGCAGAUGAUAUACUAAGACAAUGUGUUCGUGGCAUCUCUGACAUAAUUACGGUUCCUGGUCUGGUUAAUGUUGAUUUUGCUGAUGUGCGGGCCAUAAUGGCAAAUGCUGGUUCAUCUUUAAUGGGCAUUGGAACAGCAACGGGAAAAACUAGGGCAAGAGAUGCUGCGUUAAAUGCCAUUCAUUCACCAUUGCUAGACAUGGGCAUUGAAAGGGCUACUGGUAUUGUAUGGAAUAUCACCGGAGGAUGUGAUUUGACGUUGUAUGAGGUAAAUGCUGCAGCAGAAGUAAUUUAUGAUCUUGUUGAUCCAAGUGCCAAUUUGAUAUUUGGAGCGGUUAUAGACCCUUCAAUUAGUGGUCACGUGAGCAUCACCUUGAUUGCAACAGGUUCAAACGCCAGGAAGAAAUUGAUAGCCGCAUAUCCCAGGGAGCACAGCUGGGUGGUCCUGACAACCUCGGCGCCGGUAGACGCACCAGCCUCUUCUCUCGCCGAAGAACCACAUUCGAGAUUCCAGAGUUUCUAA